AUGGCUUGUCUUUUUUACUCGUCUUGUGCGCUGGCUCUGGCAUGGAGUCAAACUGUGUUGGCAGCGCCUGAUCUAUCUCCUCGUGCUACAGUCAGUUUGGAAUCCUGGUUGGCUACUGAGACUGCUGUCUCCCUCAAUGGAAUCCUUGACAACAUCGGUGCCAGCGGUGCUUACGCCCAGAGUGCAAAGGCCGGUGUUGUUAUUGCCAGCCCCAGCAUCAGCGACCCAGACUAUUACUACACAUGGACCAGAGACUCAGCUCUCACAUUGAAGGUCAUCACCGAUGUCUUUCGCAAUGGGAACCUGUCUUUGCAGACCAUUAUCGAGGAAUAUGUAGAUGCACAAGCCAAUCUACAGACCGUAUCGAAUCCUUCUGGUAGUCUCUCGGACGGUUCUGGUCUCGGCGAGCCAAAAUUCAACGUUGAUAUGAGCGCGUUCACUGGCAGCUGGGGCCGUCCUCAGCGCGAUGGUCCUGCUCUACGCGCCAUUAUCCUGAUUGACUUCGGAAAUUGGUUGAUUGACAAUGGAUAUUCUACCUAUGCUAUCAGCAACAUCUGGCCGAUUGUACGAAAUGACCUGUCUUAUGUUGCCGAGUACUGGAGCCAGUCUGGCUAUGACCUUUGGGAAGAGGUCAAUAGCAUGUCUUUCUUCACCGUCGCCAACCAGCACCGUGCUCUUGUUGAGGGAAGCACCUUUGCUGCCAAUGUCGGAGCUUCCUGCUCUUGGUGCGAUUCGCAGGCCCCCGAGAUUCUCUGCUAUAUGCAAACUUUCUGGACCGGGUCUUACAUCAAUGCCAACACUGGCGGAGGUCGAUCCGGCAUUGAUGCCAACACCAUCCUGGCCAGCAUCAACACGUUUGACCCCGAGGCCACAUGCGAUGACAUUACCUUCCAACCUUGUUCAGCUCGCGCACUGGCGAACCACAAAGUCUAUACUGACUCGUUUCGUACCGUUUAUUCUCUCAACUCUGGCAUUGCCGAGGGCGUAGGGGUGGCCGUAGGCCGCUACCCCGAGGAUACAUACUAUAAUGGAAACCCCUGGUUCUUAGCCAACCUCGCCGCCGCUGAACAGCUGUACGAUGCGAUAUAUCAAUGGAACAAAAUUGGUUCUAUCGACAUUACCAGUACUUCUCUGGCCUUCUUUCAGGACAUUGAUAGCUCAGCAGCCGUUGGAACCUACUCCUCCAGUACUUCCACCUUCACAGACAUCAUCGACGCGACCAAAACCUAUGCCGAUGGAUAUAUCAGCAUUGUUCAAGCUCACGCCAUGACUAACGGCUCCCUCUCAGAGCAAUUUGACAAGGCUUCCGGUGCCGAGCUCUCGGCUCGCGACCUCACCUGGUCCUAUGCUGCCGUACUCAGUGCCAAUAUGCGCCGCAAUGGCAUUGUGCCUCCGUCUUGGGGUGCUGCCUCGGCCAACUCAGUUCCCGCGUCUUGUUCUACCGGCUCUGCAACAGGAACUUAUAGCACCCCUACCGCUACCUCCUGGCCCUCCACCCUGACUAGCGACACCUCAUCUACUUCUACGUCUACGGGCUCUGUCACUACUACUGCUACUACUAUCACUACUACUACUACUACUACUACUACUAAGACCACCACCACAUCCUCCGCCUGUACUACCCCUACAUCUGUUGCUGUCACCUUCGACGAGAUUGUCACCACCUCUGUCGGCGAAAACAUUUACAUUGUCGGAUCGAUCUCACAGCUGGGUGCAUGGGAUACUGACAGUGCCAUCGCGCUCAGCGCCAGCCUGUAUACCACCACCAACCACCUAUGGUUUGCCACCAUCAGUCUGCCUGCCGGUACCACCUUCGAAUACAAGUAUAUUCGCAAGAACUCUGACGGUACAGUUACCUGGGAGAGUGACCCCAACCGCUCAUACACUGUGCCUUCGAAAUGUGCUGUGACUACUGCCACUGAGAGUGAUACAUGGCGGUAG